AUGACGGACCCGAAAGGUGAUUUGAGAAAUGUCGAUUUCAAGCGCAUCAACAAUUAUAGUCUACAAAUCAACCGAUGGUGCCUCAAGCCGAUAGGCGCUUGGCCCAUGACGAGCACGUCGAGCACGUUAGAGAAAAUUACCGCGAUAGUCAAAAUUAUCGUUUGUUCGCUUACAAUAGCAACCGUUACGGUGCCGUGUAUAUUGUACAUGCUACUGGAGAAUCAAGCCUUCACGGCGAAGCUGGGCGCCCUCGGGCCGUUGCUUCACAGGAUUAUGGGCUCGGUAAGCUAUUGGAUGUUGCUCAGUCGCACCCACGACAUUCGUAACUGCAUACAGCACAUGGAGACGGAUUGGCGGCUCAUACAGAGGCUGGGGGACCGCGAGACUAUGCUGCAGUACGCCAAAUUCGGACGUUUCCUCGCCGGCCUCAGCACGGCGAUCAUGCAGGGCGGUCAGCUGCUGUUCGGCACCGCGAGAGCGAUAAAAACCACGACCAUCACGGUCGGCAACGAGACCUUCAAGACGCAUCCGAUGACGUGUCCGGCGUACAGCAGGAUCAUCGACACCAGAUUCAGCCCUAUAAACGAAAUCAUGCUAGCUAUACAAUUCGUGUCGGCAUUCGUGGUGAGUUCCGCGGUGGUGAGCGUUUGCAGCUUCGCUGGUGUUUUCGCGAUGCACGCCUGCGGCCAGCUCAACGUGCUGUAUACGUGGCUGAACGAACUCGUUCUUGAUUUUGAGACGAAGGGAAGUCAAUCGGUUGAGCAAAAAUUGGCUACUAUUGUGGAGCAUCACUUGAGGGUCUUAAGUUUUAUAGCACGUGUGGAAAGCAUUAUGCAUAAAGUCUGCCUCGUAAUAUUGAUGGGUUGCACGCUAAACAUGUGCUUACUUGGAUAUUAUGCGAUUAUAAAUUGGGGAGCUUUUGAUACAGCAAAAAUAUUGUCGUAUAUUCUUUUGUAUACUUCCAUGGGUUUUAAUAUAUUUAUUUUUUGUUAUAUCGGUGAGAUUUUGACAGAACAGUGCAAAAAUGUCGGAGAAAUGGUAUACAUGACUAACUGGUAUAAAUUACCGCACAAAACAGCUCUUUGCCUCAUUUUAAUAAUAAUACGAUCAAGUAACGUAAUCAAGAUGACUGCAGGCAAAUUAGUUCAUUUGUCUAUUGCAACUUUUGGCGAUGUAAUUAAAACUUCCAUGGCUUAUUUGAAUAUUUUACGAACAAUGACUACGUAA